AUGGUAGCAUUCGAUAUAAUCACACACCUGAAGAUGCUUUAUCAAGAGCAAGUGAGGCAUGAGAGGUUUGAGGUUUCAAAGGCCCCCUUUCAAGGGAAGCUAGCUGAGGGAGCUCCUAUAGGUUCCCAUGUACUCAAGAUGAUUGGGUAUAUAGAGAACCUUGAAAGGUUGGGUUUUCCCCUCAGAAAGGAGCUUUCCACUUAUUUGAUCCUACAAUCAUUGUCGAAGAGAUUCAGUAAAUUUGUUCUUAAUUUCAAUAUGAAUGAUAUGGAAAAAAGUCUUCCUGAACUGCUAGGCAUGCUAAGAACUGUUGAGCAGAAUCUGAAGUUAAAAGGGAAGUCUAUUAUGAUAGUCAGUAAUGGAAAGAAGCAGAACAAAAGGCCCACCAAGCAGAGUGGUAAAGGUAAAGGCAAGGAAGUUGGAAAACCCAACUCUACUACUCAUGUUUUGAAAUCUAGUGGAGGUAUAACAAAGACAAGCACUUGCUUCUAUUGCUGUAAAACCGGACACUGGAGAGAAACUGCCCAAAGUACCUGGAAGAUAAGAAGAAUGAAGUAG